CCGCGCAGUCCCCGCGCCGCUCCGUGGGCCGCCGGAGCCGCACGUCGGGCCGCCCUCCUCCUCCUCCCCACCGCCGCCUCUCGCUAUGAAUGCACGCCGGGCCCUGCUCUCCGCCGCCUUGCUCGCCAGCCUCCUCUGGGAUUUACCUUGCUGCCUCCCGGCUUCUCUCCCUGCCUCCUCGGAGCUCGCCGCCUCCUCCAGAGGUGGUCGCAGCCGCAGAGUGCCGCGGUCCCCACGGGAGAACCGCCCGCGGCAAGGGGGACACGCCAUGGACCGGGCGCUCCCACGGGCGGAACCCCACGAGUACAUGCUGUCUCUGUUCAGGACUUACUCUAUCGCGGAGAAACUGGGCAUCAACGCCAGCUUUUUUCAGUCGUCCAAAUCCGCCAACACCAUCACUAGUUUUGUAGACAGGGGACGAGACGAUCUCUCGCCCGCUCCCUUGAGGCGGCAGCAGUAUGUGUUUGAUGUGUCGACCCUCUCGGAGACGGAGGAGCUGGUGGGGGCCGAGCUGCGGCUGUUCCGCCGGGCCCCCCGCGGCCGCCCGCCGCCCGCCGCGCCGCCGCACGCCCAGCUCUCCGCCUGCCUCUCGCCGCGCCCGCUGGACUCCCGCGCCCUGGCCCCGUCCGCCGGCUGGGAGGUGUUCGACGUGCGGCAGGCCCUGCGGGAGCAGCGGCCCCGGCAGCGGCUGUGCCUGGAGCUGCGCGCCUCGGCGGCCCGCGGCCCGCGGCGCUGGCUCGACCUGCGCGGCCUGGGCUUCGCGCGGCGGCCGCGGCCGCCUCAGGAGCGGGCGCUGCUGGUGGUCUUCACCCGGGCCCGGCGGCGGAGCCUCCUCGGGGAGCUGCGCGCCGAGCUGGGCGCGGCCCCGCCGCCGCCGCCCGCCGCCCGCCGCCCGCCGGCCCGGCGCCAGCGCCGCACCGCCUUCGCCAGCCGGCACGGCAAGCGGCACGGCAAGAAGGCCCGGCUGCGCUGCAGCAAGAAGCCGCUGCACGUCAACUUCAAGGAGCUGGGCUGGGACGACUGGAUCAUCGCCCCGCUGGAAUACGAGGCCCACCACUGCGAGGGGGUCUGCGACUUCCCGCUGCGCUCGCACCUGGAGCCCACGAACCACGCCAUCAUCCAGACCCUCAUGAACUCCAUGGACCCCGGCUCCACGCCGCCCAGCUGCUGCGUGCCCACCAAACUGACCCCCAUCAGCAUCCUCUACAUCGACGCGGGCAACAACGUUGUGUACAAGCAGUACGAGGACAUGGUGGUGGAGUCGUGCGGCUGCAGGUAGCGGGCGGGACGGCCCUCGGCGGAGCCGGGUCUGCGUCUGGCGGAGGUGCGGCGGCAGCGGCGAGCGGGGCCCAGUGCCGCGGCUGGGGCGGGGGCAC